UCGAUGGUAAUCAUUCCAUUCCAUCGAAUCGAGUAAACGGUGUUCAUCGGACGAUGCUAUUUUCCAACGUGCAUUGUCUUCGUAAAUCACGGAUAAAAUAAGGAUCGACGGUAACAUGCCACCGAAUUGGAUUCGACUGGAUCGGAUUGGAACCGACCGCCAGCUUAAAUUCGCGCGGUAGAUAAAAUCAAGUCACAGAUUGUAAAUAUUGCAGAGAGAUAUCGAAUCCGCGCUAUCUUUUUCUUUCAUUUCAAUGAGAAUCGUUAUCAUAGUGCAGAUAACAGGCACGAUACAUCACUAUCUGUAACGAUUGCGCGAGUUACAUUUUAGAUUUCGUCCCGGUUAAUCGCUAAAAUAAGAAAACGUCGCCAUGGAUCGCCGAUUUGUUCAAUCAGCAGCAUGAUUCGCGGGAACCGGAAGAACGAAGAGAUCCAUCGAUGAAAAAUAUCAAUGAUGCGCACAGAAGAAUAUUGUAAUCGGAUUGUACGGUAAAAAUGAGGAGAAUCUUCGUAGCGUUGCUCUUCGUGAUUGUUCUGUGCUAUGAGUGGAAACAAUCGGAAGCUGUGGAUGUGAAAAUCUUGAAGCAGUGCAUCUCUCAAAGCUCCUGCGAGAGCUGUCUGGAGGCCAGCUCCUCCUGUGCGUGGUGCAGCGAUUGGUCUUACUCGACAUCGAUACUCGGGAAACCAAGAUGCAACGUACCGGAGAAAUUGAAGGCGUUCGGUUGCCCGCCGGAGGAAAUUCGCACUGCUCCGCCGGGAUCGAUAAAGAUCCUAGAGAACUUCGAUUUUCGGGACAUGGACCUGUUAGAUGAAACACCGUUGCAAUUGAAGCCGCAGAAAGUAAAACUCAGAAUUAGGCCGAACACCGAGACGACGGUUCCGCUUCAUUAUCGACCAGCCAAAAACUAUCCUCUGGACCUGUACUACUUGAUGGAUCUAACGUGGUCGAUGAGGGACGACAAAGAGACCCUAGUUAUGGUGGGAUGGAACAUGACUCGAAGGAUCAGCAAAUUCAAUACGAAUUUUCGUCUGGGAUUCGGCAGCUACGCGGACAAACCGCUAAUGCCAUACAUCUUUCCUGGCCACGAGGAUAAUCCUUGCAAAAGCGACCACGCGGUCUGCGCGCCUAUCUAUUCGUUCCAGCAUCAUCUAGAGCUGACCCGUGACGUUCAGCGGUUCAUUAAAGAAGUGAACGACAGUUUAGUUACUGGAAACGUUGACAAUUUGGAAGGAGGAUUGGACGGAAUUGUGCAAGCAAUCGUUUGUACGGAAGAGGUCGGCUGGAAUCGACACACACGAAAAAUCAUGCUGGUGGCUACCGAUGGGUAUUUACACUUUGCCGGCGAUGGAAAGUUGGGCGGCGCGGUGAAUCGCCAAGACUUCAAGUGCCACCUUGACGAGCGAAGACAAUACUCUCUGUCCACAAAUUACGAUUACGCCUCUCUGGCAGAGGUGUCGAGACUAUUGCAGGAGAACAAAGUGAAUUUGAUAUUCGCCGUGACGGAGGAUCGUCGUCCCGAGUACGAAUUGAUCGCGGACCUGCUGAAAGAGAAGGCGAGAGUCGCGACGUUAACGAGCAAUAGCUCGAACAUUCUGGACAUUAUCGAGACCGCGUACCACGACUUGAUCUCGAGACUGGUGUUGCGAGACAAUUCAUCGAGUCCGCUCCGUUUGGAGUACUUCUCCAACUGCGGGAGAGAAAACAAUCCGGAAUCUAGUACGUCGACGUGCGACGGAAUUCAAGAAGACCAUGUAUACGACUUCAGGCUUGUAUUUUCUUUCGACAAGUGCCCGAGCAACCAGAGUCUCUGGACGCAAACAGUUGUAGUCGAGGACGCGUUGGCAUCCGAGGUAUCUGAGAUGGUGAUCGAGGUCGAGCUUCUCUGCGGUUGCAAUUGCAAAGAUUCCGAAAUCUCGCGUUGCCAGCACGGAACAAACGAAUGUGGUCUGUGCAAAUGCGAUUUCGGAUGGUCUGGAGAACACUGCGAUUGCGACGAAAUUUCACCGGUGGAGAAUAAAUUGCAGUGUAUCAGCCCCAACGCAACGAAAGUUUGCUCCGAAAGAGGAGAAUGCGUUUGUGGGAUUUGCUAUUGCGACAAAGGAUACAACGGGCAGUUCUGCGAGUGUUCCGCAUGCGACAAGAUCGGUGGAAUAGAAUGCUCGGAUAGAGGUACCUGCGAGUGCGGUGUUUGCAACUGUUUAGAAGGUUGGCAAGGAGAAGCCUGCCAAUGUCCUUCGACCGAUGAUCUGUGUAUCGCACCAGGGACACAAGAAAUCUGCGCUGGUCACGGAUACUGCGACUGCGGGGAAUGUCGAUGCAACGUUACUGCGGCCGACGACUCGUAUUACCGAGGUACUUAUUGCGAAUCAUCGGCUAGCGCAGGAGGAAGUGGUCUAUGCUCACUCUACAACUCUUGCGUCAACGCUACCGUCGAAAACCCUGAAGAAAUAGACCAGUAUUGUCGAACAAACGCUACCGUUUAUACCACUGAAACAGUGGACUCCGUGGACUUUGGAAACGAACAUUACUGUUUCGUAAAGUUAGUCAAAGACAAACAAACGUGCAACAUACAUUACGUGUACGAGUUCCAAAAAAAUAAUGCUGUUGUUUUGAAGAUCGGGAAGAAGGCAUGCACCACACCGAUACACCCAGCUGCCAUUUCGCUUGUACUCGUCGGUAUAGUAGUACUGAUCGGAAUUGUUUGCCUGUUGACUUGGAAGUGUUGGACUUCCAUAAUAGACAGAAAGGAAUACGAAAAGUUUGAACAAGAACAGAAGAAAACUGUAUACAGUCUGAACGAGAAUCCUCUAUUCAGACCUGCCAUAACUCGAUUUAGAGUUCCAUCGAUGUAUAAAGAGGAUUAAA